AUGCUCCCCUAUGUUACAGGCAUUUAUCUAACCGAUUUGACAUACAUGGAUGUUGCUGCGGCUACUGCAAGUUUACAUGAGAAUGGUGGAUCGUGGGGAAACCAUAGCAAGCAAGCUCGAGUGAACAAUUUACUGCGCAUUAUUGCCAACUUCCAACAGUCAACUUAUCCAUUCACUCGAGAUGAGAAGGUCGCUGCAUAUUUGGAAUCACAACGCUACAUCGAGGAGUUGCAACGAUUCAUUGAAGAUAACAACUACAAAUUGUCCCUCAAAUUAGAGCCCCCUACCGGCGAUGCAUUCUCUGCCACAUCAAGUGAUUCCAUUUAUCCGUUUCCCGUUAAAACCAACUGGUUUACCUCGACCGUCCUGAAACCAGUUCCUGUUUCUACCACUUCUCAAGAACCGGGGAUUCAAGAGCGACGUGGUGCCCUUGCUCCAAAUCAAUCUUCGGCAUCUCUUUUGGACGGGGCUGGAUCCCGUCAAACGCCGGAGAUGCAUAGUUGUCAUUCCAGUCCAGCUCACUCCAUCUCUCAUCGUCACCGGAUGCCCCUUGAUGGUUUUCUCGCUUCUCAGUUAGUCAACAAAUCCCCAUCUUUAUCACACUCGGUGUCUAUUCGCGACCGGUCCUCCACUCGAGAUCGUCAUUCUCAUGAUCAGUCGUCCAGUGUACUUUCGACGCGUCCCUCGUUCCGUCAUCGUCGGAUGGGAAGUUGGACGGGCAAGUGUUGGCUCUCAUCACAAAUGGACGGCACCAAUCUUAAUGUGGGCAACUCCUCGUGCUCCAUAUCCUCUGGAUCGACCAACCGUAGUCAGUUGAUCACAGAUCAUCCCGUUCCUGUGCAACAACCGCUAAGUCAGUUACUUGAUCAGACCGAUUUGGCCACGGCCGCUGCGAUACCUAACAUACUUUCACCUGUCCCUCCCAUCACUGGACUCCAUCGAGAUGAAGCUGGGUCUCCAUCUUCCGAAGCCAAAUCUGGACGUUCAAGUGGCAGAUCUAAUCGACCCAAAGCGUUGACUGCCAUUCUCCCAACUCAGCCACGCGUCCGUUUGGAUUGUAAAACAUCAGGUUCCUUUGCCGGAGGAGAUUCACUUCGCUCGUUGACCCAGAUAAUGACAUCAGCAGAUAGACCUACCCGUUCCCCUCAGCUCACGCGUGUGCAAAGUUCGUGCGUUAGAAGCAGAACACCAAGAGUGGAUUUCAGUUCGAAUAUUGCAAAUCGUGCUAAAUCUCCAACGAACAGACAAACUCGUUUGCGUCAUUCCGCAUCUCAACCCCGCAAACUUCGAGAACCCAUUUCGGACAGGCGCAUCCGAAACAGUCCACCAAAAGGUGAUGCAAAAGAAGGUCAACUACACUCACUCCAAGACCAGGUGCUUGGUCAUUCUGGCAGGUCAACGCCAAUUCGAACCUCGGAUUCGACUAGUUCGUCAGCCAAAGAACACUCCCAAGGUUUGUCCAGCUCGGUGAUUCCUAAUGUGUUGAUCGCAUCUACCCGCUCGUUGGGGAGUUCACCCGUGGUUCCUGUAUCUGCGAUGUGUUAUUCCUGUACCGACCGAUCCCCGUCUCCGCGACUGCCGUCAAGUUCAGAUACCGUUCCUCCAGCGUCCCAAAUACAUUCCACAAUCGGUAUGAAGCCUUCCCGAUCGCCCAGCUCGGUUUUCUCCGCGGUUACAGGGCACAGCUCGCCAUCCCAUUUGGCACAAGCCGCCUUGGCUGCUGUCCAAGGCACGUUUGCGGACCAAUUGGCUCGUUUGAGCGACACCGACAGCCGUCACCUUUCCGUCCCCGAAGUAUUACCUCAACACUCUAGCCUAAUUUCACCAACGAAAGCAGUGUGUUUAGAUGUGCAGUUUUCCAAUGGUCUCAGUGUGCUGCGGGAGGCAUUCACGUGCAUUGGUGCAUUCGAAGACAUCAAUCAACCCGUUUUGAUGAAGAAGUCUCCCUUGGAGGGGCGGAACGCUCCAGACAUUGAGGUUAUCGAGUCGAAGGUGACUCGUUCUUGA